AUGGCUCCAGCUUGGUCACUGGCCAUGACUCAAGAUGAGACCUGCAGCGGACCUAACGUUGGAGGCCUCGCUGCAGAGUAUCGCACUGUGGCUUCGUCCCGCUCUUCAUCUCGCUCUACACCUUAUGAGGAAGAUUUGGCACCCGUCAGCCGGCGUGCCUCAUACGGCGCCAUGGACCCGGUUUCGCCUGUCAACCCUUGCUGGGCGCUCGACACCGCUUCUAUGAUUUGCCCAUAUUGGAAGGUACUAGUUGCUUCAACCCAGUAUGUCCAGAUGAACGAUGGCUACUUCGGCGGUUACUCAUGGCCUCGCGUCGUGCCGCCGCCCAACGUAUUCAACAUCUGGAACCGUGCGGCGAGCGCAUGCUGAACAAGGCAGAAUUUAGGAAUUGCUGUAGUCAUGCGAAAGGUAUUGUAUUGUUUUUGAUCUGUGGCAGAGUGUUGCCUUAUGUCUUCCGUCUUCAUCAAAUGAAACUAUCGUAUUGGGAGGUUGAAUAAUCCCCGUUUGUCACAUAAAAAUUAUAUAAAAAUUUCCAAAUGAAAAACGAAAAAUGCUGCUUUUCACAGCACGUGCGUUAUGGAAGGUUUGUUUGGGCGUGAUUAGGUACUUACGGCUGGGUGGGCUCCACAUCCCGACUACACACGGAGCUGCACUGGGUAUGCUGUGAUCAGUAGCGAAUCAAGAAAGCAUGCAUACCUACUACUUAGUAUAUUGCGCAUCUUUUUACUUUGGAGCCACUGGUUUUGAAAUGUCGAACAAAAGCCUAAAUAUUGCAUACAGUACCCGGCGCGCGCGCCGGGCAAUUUUUCCUGCUUUGCGUCUGAGAGGAGUAUUUAGGCAUUUCGAGCUUACUGAUGU